AUGCUUUUCCUUUCUUUUGCUUGUCGCCACUUGCCAGAUGAACAGAAACCUUUCUCUGGAGCUUCAUUUUUUUUCUUUGCUAGGUGUGUCAGCAAAUUUCAUGAUGACAAAUGUGUUAAUUUUCAACUUCCUGUCUUUCUCUCUUUUUCCUUCUUUCUCUCUCUCUUUUUCCUUCUUUCUCUCUCUCUCUCUUUUUCCUUCUUUCUCUCUCUCUCUCUUUUUCCUUCUCUCUCUCUCUCUCUCUUUUUCCUUCUCUCUCUCUCUCUCUCUUUUUCUCUUUUCUCUCUCUCUUUUCCUUCUUUCUCUCUCUCUCUUUAUCCUUCUUUCUCUCUCUCUCUUUAUCCUUCUUUCUCUCUCUCUCUUUAUCCUUCUUUCUCUCUCUCUCUUUAUCCUUCUUUCUCUCUCUCUCUUUAUCCUUCUUUCUCUCUCUCUCUUUUUUCCUUUCUCUCUCUCUCUCUUUUUCCUUCUUUCUCUCUCUCUCUUUUUCCUUCUUUCUCUCUCUCUCUCUUUUUCCUUCUUUCUCUCUCUCUCUCUUUUUCCUUCUUUCUCUCUCUCUCUCUUUUUCCUUCUUUCUCUCUCUCUCUCUUUUUUCUUUCUCUCUCUCUCUCUCUUUUCCUUCUUUCUCUCUCUCUUUUUUCUCUUCUUUUCCUCUCUCUCUCUUUUUCCUUUCUCUCUCUCUUUUUUCUUCUUUCUCUCUCUUUUUUCCUUCUUUCUCUUUUCCUUCUCUCUCUCUUUCCUUCCUUCUUUCUCUCUCUUUCCUUCCUUUUUUCUCUCUUUCCUUCCUUCCUUUCUCUCUCUUUUCCCUUCUUUCCUUCCUUCUUUUCUCUCUUUCCUUCCUUCCUUUUUCUCUCUUCCUUCCUUUUUCUCUCUUUCCUUCCUUCCCUCUCUUUCUUCUCUCUCUCUUUCCUUCCUUUCUUCUCUCUCUCCUUUUCCUUCUUUCCUUCCUUCCUUUUACUCUCUCUUUCCUCCUUUCUCUUUCCUUCCUUCCUUUUCUCUCUUUCCUUCCUUCCUUUUACUCUCUUUCCUUCCUUCCCUUCUUUCCUUCCUUCCUUUUACUCUCUUUCCUUCCUUCCUUUUACUCUCUUUCCUUCCUUCCUUUUACUCUCUUUCCUUCCUUCCUCUUUCCUUUUCCUUCUUUCCUUCCUUUUUUUACUCUCUUUCCUUCCUUCUCUUUCCUUCCUUCCUUUUACUCUCUUUCCUUCCUUCCUUCCUUCCUUUUACUCUCUUUCCUUCCUUCCUUUUACUCUCUUUCCUUCCUUCCUUUUACUCUCUUUCCUUCCUUCCUUUUACUCUCUUUCCUUCCUUCCUUUUACUCUCUUUCCUUCCUUCCUUUUACUCUCUUUCCUUCCUUCCUUUUACUCUCUUUCCUUCCUUCCUUCUUCCUUCCUUUUCUCUUUCCUUUCCUUCCUUCCUUUUACUCUCUUUCCUUCCUUCCUUUUCCUUCCUUCCUUCCUUUUUCUUCUUCUUUCUUCCUUCCUUCCUUUUACUCUCUUUCUCUUUUUUUUUUUAUCCCUCUCCCCCACUCCAAGGAGUUACAACACAUCUAUCUAUCUAUCUAUCAUUUAA